GGGGGGGCAGGCUGGCCGCGGCGGCGGGAGCUGCUGGUGCUGUUGCUGGUGCUGCGGGGCGCGGCCGCGCUGGAGCCUGUCAGCCUGGGCAUCGCCAUCGGGGCUGCCUCAGCGCUCACGGGCUACCUCUCCUACCCCCGCUUCUACUGCGGCUUCGUGGAGUGCUGCCCCCGCGACGGGGACCGGCCCAACGCCACCGCCCUGAAGGAGGUUCUGGAUACGAAACUCUUCGGCCAACACCUUGCCAAAGAAGUGAUCCUGAAGGCAGUGGUCGGGUUCAAGAACAACGCCAAUCCCAAGAAGCCGCUUGCUCUCUCCCUGCACGGCUGGGCAGGCACGGGGAAGAACUACGUCAGCCAGAUUAUUGCCGAGAACAUCCACAAACAAGGACUGAAGAGCAAGUUUGUGCAUCUCUUUGUAUCCACGCUACACUUCCCGCAUGACCGGAACGUUACGCAGUAUAAGGACCAAUUACAUAAGUGGAUUCGAGGCAAUGUGAGUGCCUGUGCCAGCUCUGUUUUCAUAUUUGAUGAAAUGGAUAAAUUGCACCCUGGCCUCAUUGAUGCCAUCAAGCCUUUCUUAGACUACUAUGACCAGAUUGAUGGCGUGUCUUACCGGAAGGCCAUCUUCAUCUUCCUUAGCAAUGCAGGUGGUGACCUCAUUACCAAGGUGGCUUUAGACUUCUGGAGAAACGGAAAAGACAGGGAGCAGAUACUCCUGAAAGACCUGGAACAAAUAUUGUCUCUGGGAGUCUUCAAUAAUAAGAAUAGUGGCUUGUGGCACAGCAGCCUGAUCGACAAAAAUCUCAUUGAUUACUUUGUCCCGUUCCUGCCUUUGGAGUACAAACAUGUGAAGAUGUGCAUCAGGGCAGAAAUCCAGUCCCGCGGCAACGGAAUUGAUGAGGAAGUUGUUAAGAAAGUGGCUGAUGAGAUGACCUUCUUCCCGAAAGGAGAGAAAAUCUACUCCGAUAAAGGCUGUAAGACAGUGCAGGCCAAACUGGAUUUUUACUGAAACAUCAAACAAAGGGGACCAAUGAACUUGAUGCCCCUUUGCCUCUCCAAAGCACUUUUUAGAGGUUUUUUGCAAUUUUGUGUUUUUGCACUAAACACUUUUUAAUAAUUGGAGGCAUGUGGGAGGACUUCUAGAUGAUAACCAUGCAGAUCUCUUUUUAUUUAAAGAUGCAGUGCUCCUGCCUACACUGACAGAAUCAUGGGGGAAGAGAGGAUGGGACAUAUGGUCAAAGAGCAAUCUUCCCACACGGUGUUGUAUUUUUUUUUAAGUAGAUUUUUUUACGUUACCAUUAAUUUUCAAAGCAAGAGGCUGUAUGCUGUGAUCAGCUCGAAACGUCUUGUCUGCAGAGGCAAGGUGAAAUGGAAAGCUGAAGGUAAGAAGCUGGAAGAUUACCUUUCAGCUACUGGUAAGGGUGGCAUUUAAGUCCUUGUUAAGUUAGAUGUGAUAGUAAACUUCUUUCUUCUCCCCCACCACACACACAGACCAGUGCUGUGAGGCAAGAUGGAAGUACCUCUGUGUCAAUGGACAGGACAUACUUGCCAUUGGGAGAACUCUUUGAGAUGGGUAGCUUGGCUACAAUACAAUGGAGACUUAUGUGAGGGAGUGGAUUAUUAUAUAGCUGCUGAAUUAACUUCCUCCUCAUAUACUGGAUCUACACUUUUAAGAACAAGCAUGUACAAUAUCUUAAUGUCUCAGUACUGGCUGCCUUUGAUGCAAAAUAACCAGCCAAAGAGCUUAAAUGUCCAGGUUAACCUCUUGACACUGAAUUACGCUUUAUGCCAUUUGUUAUGAUAGGACACUGUUUAUUCUGAUGCAACCAGCUAAAACAAACCGUAGCUAUUAACCUUGGGACAUUGGACUGUUGUUUUUGAUGUGUAAUGUUUUGCCUGCAGCAGUAACUGUUCGUUAUUUGGCUGUUCCUGAAUAAUGUUCCAGAUGAAGCAGCUCCUGCAGAUGUCUUUGAAUGUAAAAGUACUUGCGCAAGUCUACAAAUGCCAGUGUCAUCAGAACAUCAUAGAUGCAAUAAAUCUUGUAUCCCUCUUUA